AUGGAAUGCAAAGAUCGUUCUGCAUCGAUCCUGAAGGGUUUUCGAUUUUUUCAACCUUCUCAACAAGAGAGCACCGAAACGCUAUCAGAAUCAACCCUUAUAGAUACAUUAAGAACUGAUUUUCAUUCUUCUAUUCAUACGCAGCUGUUUGAAAAUCGUCCUGCUAGUAUAGAAGAACUGCAGAAUCUUAUCCAAAACCUCUAUGCCUUUUGGUUUUCUUACAGAGAUUACGCCACAAAAGAUCCUACUAUUCAUCUUGAUCAUGUCCAGCAAUGUUUUUGGAGUCUUUGUCGAAGGCACUUACCGCUUGACCAAAUUCGGAAGCCCUUAUUUGCUUACCUUAAAAAAGUAUUGAAUUUAUGGUCAGAAAAUGAGUCCAACCCAUAUUUUGGCUUAGAAGAUUUUUUUCAUCUUUGUGAAAGGCUAAGGCAGUUGGGUUUGGUUUCAGAGUUGAAGGAAACCUUUGCUCUAUCCUUGAAAGAUCACGUUCAUACCCUUUUGUAUCGACGUUACGGGUCCCACUGGUCUUAUGGCGUCUAUCAGGAAGCAGCAGAAUGGAUCAGAAGUGAGCUUACCCUUUUGGUUGAACAUGUCUCAUUCCUUUCGACAACUUCCGUACAUUCUCAACUUGAUCAGUUAGUUUCCAACCUACUUGGACGACUUCGAUCCGAUUCUAUUUUUGAUAUAGUUUUGGACUAUCCUCAGUCAUCCGGUGCUAUUGAAGACUUGAGACUCGCUGCUCGUCAGCCAGAACAACGCCAGUACUUAGUAGAAAGGUUUAUGUCCACAUGUGAAAACAAUAUAUUGAGACCAAGCAAAGAUACUUCUUCUAUCCUCGUCUUUUAUGUUUCAACUAUACGGUGUUUUCUCGCAUUGGACCCGCCGGGUGUUUUACUGGACAAGGCUUUAAAACCUAUCCGUAGUUUUCUGAAUGAGCGAGAUGAUACUAGUAAAUCAUUGGUUUAUCUUCUUUUCAGCAAGUCUGAAAAUGGUUUGUCUUCUGAGCUCGCAAAACUUCCUGCCGGUAAUGUGGAUGCUGCUUCCGAUCGAAAUGAUUACCUUAAAUGGAUGCCAGAUCCCAUUGAUGCGGCUCCUGACUUUCGAAAACCAACGGAUAAAGAUAUUAUUGCCAGUCUAAUAUCUAUUUUCAAUAGCAAGGAAACCCUCAUUAAGGAACUUCAGCUCUUGCUUGCGGAACGUUUACUACAAAUUACAGAUUAUAAUUAUGAUCACGAAGAAAAGAAUAUAGGGUUCUUGAAAUAUCGUUUCGGGGAAUCCACAUUGCAAAUGUGUAAUGUCAUGCUUGAAGAUAUAAAAAAAUCGAAAUGCAUUGAUGCGUUCAUCCAUGAAAGGAAGAAUACAUCAUCUGUGUUCCAUGCAACUGUUCUAUCUAGAAUUUUUUGGCCUAAUCUUGUAGUUCGGUCAUUCCGAGUGCCCAAAGCAAUUCAGGAAGAACUUGACAAAUAUGCGAAUAAUUUUUCUAAAAAACAAAACAAGCGUGAGUUGGUCUAUUUGCAAAAUUUGGGAACUGUGGAAUUGGAGAUUGAGCUUGAGGACAGAACGUUGAACGUAUCCGUUACUCCUGAACAAGCUACAUUAUUAUCUUUUUUUGAAGAGUCACCAACACUUAGACUAGAAGAAGCUGCAGAACAACUUGACCAGCCCAUCGAAAUUGUAAAAAAACAUGUGAACUUUUGGGUUCAUCAUCAAGUGUUAACAUUGGUAAAAGACGAUAUCUAUCGCGUUCGCGAAACUCAAGAAGAAGCGACUUUCAUUGAUACAGCUAUUGAAGACGAGCCUGCUUCGGCUGUUCAAUCACAAGCGGAAGCAGCAACUUCAGAAAUGCGCGUUUACUGGUCUUUUGUGGUCGGUAUGCUUACAAAUCUUGGCUCUUUAGAACUGGAUAGAAUUCAUAAUAUGUUGACAAUGUUUAUACCUCCGCCGAAUGGAUACAAUCGAACUCAGAAUGAAUUACGAGAGUUUCUUGCUUUGAUGGUCAAAGAAGACAAAUUGGAGUUUACUGGAGGUGCAUAUAAACUCAAAUGA